ACCGCAACAAGUGUUUGUUAAUUAAUCAUCCUUAUACAAAACGCUUAGCCACCGAUAAGAAACGGCGAGGCGUUUCUUUGGUUUUGUUAGAAACAUCGAAGCGUUCUAUAACCCUGAAUCCUUAAACGCCUUGUCGUUUCUCUUCACAUGACUGCUAAAACCUCGCCUGUGGUUCCCGUGAAAAAAAGAGACGUCGAAUCGUAUCGUACCGCCGUCGCCGCUUCACCGAGAAUCUGGUUGAAUCUUCAAAUGGCUCAUGUGGCGCAAAGCCGAAACGUGAUUCGGCACGUAGUAUCGAGAGGAACAGCUUUCCACAAAUACGAAAAUGCGAUCCAUCAUCCUCUCCUUUUCGCCUGUCAAGGAGUUCGUUACAGAAAACUCGAAGUCAUUCUCACCACGGGCAUAGAGAAGCUUGGGAAAGGUGGUGAGACGGUGAAGGUAGCUCCUGGUUACUUCAGGAAUCACCUUAUGCCCAAACUCCUUGCUGUCCCCAACAUUGACAAGUAUGCUCAUCUCAUCCGUGAGCAACGCAAGAUGCGUAACUAUGAAGAAAAGGAAGAGGUUAAGGUGGUUCAUAAGUCUUCAGAAGUGCAGACUAAAGAGUUUGAAAAGGCAGCUAAGCGCCUCGCCAAUGCCAACUUGGUGUUGAGGAAGUUAAUUGACAAGGAGAAGUUCAAAAACCGCUCCUCAAAGGAGGACAAACCAGAUGUGCAAACACCUGUGACAAAAGAAGAGAUAGUCUCUGAGGUGGCGAGGCAGCUGUGUGUGAAGAUUGAUCCGGACAAUGUGGUUCUUACGGAGCCAUUGGCAACUUUUGGGGAGUAUGAGGUUCCUCUGAAGUUCCCCAAGACUAUUCCUUUGCCACCAGGAACUGUUCAAUGGAUUCUCAAAGUCAAAGUCCGUGGCCAUUAAGAUCUUGUACCAUAGAAACUCUUCUAUGAUAGUUUUUCUACUCUAGUCUGUUUCAUGUAGCCAUGGAAUUGCAGAAAAGCAUUAGGCCUGUUCGUUUACUAAACGCGCUGCGUCAACACUAGCGGCUGAAAUUUGUUUGUAAUUUUCUUCUGCACUGAUCGCUGGUGAAGGAAAAACGAGAACGCGCGUUAGAAUGAUCGAUGGAAUCCAGUGAUGUUUUUGCCGCUGAAAUAACUAGCGUCACUGUUUAUCUUUUC